ACCUGCACAGGUAAAUACUGAUGUAGAAGCAAUCAGCAGUCAGUCUUAACCAGGGGCGGACUGACAACUCAUGGGGCCCCCGGGCAAUAGGGGAUCAUGGGGCCCUGUGUCCUUGCCCAAACUCAAAAAAGCCUAUGAAAAAUGUACCAGGGGCAUCUCAUGGGGCCCCCUACUAACCCCGGGCCCUCGGGCAGUGCCCGAGUUUCCAAAUGGUCAGUCCGCCCCUAGUCUUAUCAUUUUUUGCAAG